GCUGCACAACAACAAGCCUCUCCAUCAGCUUGCUUUCCACACUACGCCGAAUUUGUAUCCGUCUGCGACUUGCAUUUUCUUUGCGCACUGCAAGGGAAGCUCCGCGUCCUCCGAACAAAAGAAACCCGUCAUGAACUCUGCAAGCAGGCACUAAGAAGAGCCAGAGAUGCUGAUGUUUGGGAUGCUCCAUCACCUCGUACUAACUGGAAUGUGUCUCUGUGUCUACGGAGCCCCGUUCAACCUCCCAAACUUGAACCCUACGCGGGCCAGCUUGGUAACAACCACCGGGUCAACACAUGCCACAGAUUUAAAAUCUAUACCAUCAAUUUCAAAACAUGUGACUGGCCUAACAUUGAAUGUAGGUGCAGGAGGGGGGACUGGCCCACAUGGGAGACCCGGGGGGAUAGAUGCCGUGACGCAGACAGAAAAUGGGGACAGCCUUGAUGGAAGAUCUAGGCUGAGCGAGGCUGGUAGAGAGGCAUGGAGCCAAAGCGGCGAGGUAAAGAAGAUCGGGAGCACAUCUGAGAUGGGAGACUCUGAAAGGCAGUCAGAGGCAGCUUCGGUGCUGUCUGUGGAUUCGGAGAGCAUCAAGGAGGAUGCACCAGCUCACGGUGAGCAGUUAAUUCCAACAGGUGGCACAGAGCAGUUGGACAUGGACGCCAGUACUCAAAAAAGGAAUCCAGACAGAUUUUUGGCCUCCACCAUAGCACCGUCAUACCUGCAGAAUUCAUACAGCCAAAAGAGUAACCCAGCUAGACUGGAAGGGAUGAAAAGCUUUGAUUCUCACCAGGAUAAAGAAACAAGUCUGCCAGAACCUCCAAAUCCCUCUGUUUCCCUCUGGACCCAGACCUCCCACAGUCCCACCCCUCCUUUUGUUGCCCAUCAGACAUCCACACCCUUGGCAAUUUGGGGCCACGACAGAGCAACUAUAUCCUCACUACCGGAUCCCUUUUUACUUGAAAUUGGACCCAGCCUAAUGCCCAGAGAGGAUGGCCCAGAAAGUCUGUGGACUGAGGCAGCAAGACCUGGAGGAGAAGAAACCACACUCCCAAUGUCUCAGGAUGAAGCCACAGAGGCCACGAUGUCAUCAGAGGCUCUCCCGCUCAUCUUUGAGCCGUUUGAAGAUGUCACACCAGAGAGGGCAGCGGCAGCGGUCACCCGUGUGUCGGGCAGCAGCCAGCCCAGAGGGCUUCCUCGGUCAGAGGCGGGCCUGGACCAGCUGGUCACCAUAGAGAGUGACAGAGACGGUCCCUCACACGCCUCACCCGUCCUUAUACCAGACUGGACGUCACCUUGGCAGACAUCUGGCAGCGAGCUCCUAGAGCCAUUCGGGUCAUUGGGUCCAUCUGUUUCUCAGCGGCAAGUCGAACCUGAGCCAGAGGAUCAUUCAGAAAAAGUCUCUGUGAAGACACCAAAGCUGGAAGACAGCUUGUCCUCUGCUGGCCCCUCCCUCUCAUCUUUUCAGCAAGCAAUGACAAUGGUAACCAUGACAACCCACCAGCCAGCACACAAAUCCACAUCAGAGGAGAUGGAGUCUGAGGAGGAGCUGGAUGACGAUGAUGAGGAUGAGAACUCUGAGGAAUCGGUGGAGGAAGAGAGUGAAGAAGACCUAACAGAAACUCCUAAAACAUCCUCGACGCAGCCGCCAUACAGUCUCAUCCCUCCACCUCCUGUCUGGGUUCAACGCAACCAGGGGCUGAUGCGUAGCUGGGUGGAGCUGAUCAGAGAAAAGGCGGGGUACGUGUCUGGGAUGUUGGCCCCUGUGGGCAUUGGUAUCACAGGGGCCCUGCUAAUUGUUGGCGCCCUCUACAGCAUCAGGAUGAUUCACCGGAAAAGGAGGAACAGCUUUAAACAUCAGAGGAGGAAGGUCAGGCAGCAGGAGCAACCUCGAGAACCCGGCACCAGCCGUCAGGACCAGGCCAUGCUGCUGGCUGACAGCUCUGAGGAUGAAUUCUGAUGAGAACCUUUUGGGCCUCUUGUUGUUGACCAACCUGCCGAGGCUCCUAAACUGGAGGUUUGGUGGACACCCCCAUCGCUACUGCAUCUCCAAUCACCCUGGGGCUGUCCUCUGAUCCACUGAAAGGGACUGAGUAAAGGGCACAAUUUACAUAGGCGGCACACAGAUCAGAUCCGCAUCCUCUCCCUCUCUGAAAUCACCAAUCUGAGAGGUGCUGCUGACUCUAAGGGUGUGGUAGGAUUGGUGUAUUACAAAAAUAAAUAAAUACGUAAAAUACUACUGGUCAUAAAAAUAAUAAUGCAUUAGCAGAGGGGGGUACUGGUAGGAUGGUGUAGUUGUAAAAUGAAUGGAAAACAGUCAAAUAAUGACAUAAAAAAUGUAAAUUAAAGUGUUGUAUAUGUAGCUGACUGGGGAAAAGUUGUGUUAGUGUAAAUAAAGUCUUAUGUAUUCAUAUACUUAAAUACUUGUGGGAAAUCUACUAAUUUGCAAGGAGUUGGACUAGAUAAUUAUUAUCAUAUGUUAGCUGAAGCUAACAGCUAGCCUAGCUCUAUCCAAAGAUGACAAAACAUACCCACUAACAUGUCCAAAACUCCCUGAUAAAUCUGUUAUAUCUUAUAGAAACUAUUAAUUUUUUUCAAAUAUUAGUAGCCCUUUGUUUUUUGUUUUUUUAACUACUGGACAGUUAGGCAAGCUGUCCUGUUUUUAGUCUUCAUGCUAAGCCAGAAUAAACCACACCUCUGUACAAAAAUCUUGACCCACCCCACAUUUCUUUAUAUUUUGCCAGGAAAAUAGGAAAUAGGUGCAGAAUUUUAUUGAAACUUGCAAACACAGCCUGAACUCUCUUAGGCAGCU